CUCUCUUCUGCCUUUCCUCCUCCUUCUCACCUUGACUCUACGCACGCAUCCUUCCUCUGUUACCUAUUUACGAGUCCUUCUAUCCUAUCUCUGACCGAGAAUAUAUAUAACCCUCCCACCCGCUCAUCCACCACCCAUCCCCGGAAGAAUGUCCUACAACAAACCCGAUAACCCUCCCCCCUCAUAUCCCUCGCCCGUCCACGACGCCGGCCCCUACCACUACCAACAGCAGCAACAACAAUACCCUCCUCCGCAAGGCGCCUCGCAAGACUACUACAACCAGGGCGGCGGCUACCCACCCCAGCAGGGAGGCUACGGGCCCCCGCAAGGCGGCUAUUACCCUCCACCCCAGGGCUAUCCGGGCUCGCCGCCGCCACAGCAACCGAUGUACUAUCCGCAACAACAACCGCCGCCGCAGGGAUAUUACGCGGGGGAUCGCGGCGGCGGCGGCUCGUCUGGUGGGGGGAUGUGCGCCGGUAUCAUGGCGGCGUUGGCUUGUUGUUGCUGCUUGGAUAUUUUGUUUUAGGUUGGGGGGGUGUAUCAGCUCUAUUAUUUGAAGGGUGUUGGGCGCUGCUUUGGUUUGAGGUUGUUUUGGUUUGGUUUGGUUUGGGCUGGGUUCUGAGUUAUGGAGUUGUUCUUUAUGGUGGUAAUGAUUAUUGAUUUGGUUGAUGUAAUUCAUCGCAGUCCUCUCUUGCUUUUAUUAUUGGUUCGGAGAACAGCAGGCGAAGCCGUAUCGUAUAUCCAUAUUAUCAUCAACGUAACCUAUCGAAC